CUCAGACCUCCCAGGUCUCUCAAGCUAAAGAUGGCGGCGUCCGCAGCGAGGGCUGCCCUGGCUCUGCGGGCCAAUACCGGCCGGCCCGUUGCCUUUAUCAGGAAAAUCCCCUGGACCGCCUCUUCGAGUGAGCUGAGAGAACACUUUGCACAAUUUGGCCAUAUAAGAAAGUGCAUACUACCUUUUGACAGAGAGACUGGCUUUCACAAAGGUAUGGGUUGGAUUUACUUUUCUUCAGAAGAAGAACUUCAGACUGCACUACAAAAUGACAGUCAUGUUAUUGAUGGAGUAAAACUCCACGUUCAAGCUCAGAGACCAAAAGUUUUACAAGAUCUAACAUCUGAUGAAGAGUAAGAUUUUUAUUACUACUACUACCUACUAAAUAAAGGAACAAAACUGAAAAUUUUGUGUAAAUGUUUUUAUUUGAAACAAAUAGGUGCACCAAGCAAGCGCUUACUUUUCCCCCUUCCAAAUUAAAACAGAGCACAAUAGGGGCAUACGUCAUUUGGCUGGACAGUUCCAAUAGGUGAACAUCCUACUCACUGUGGUUGGGUUAACUUUACUUAUAACUAGCCAUUCCUUCACAAAAUAUUAACCCCAAAGUACUAAUGUCACAUAAAAGGAAGUGAUCUUAAUUUCAUUUAUGGGGCAGUAUGUUCUAUAAAUGCCAAAAGGUGGGAGAAGCACAAACACAACCCACUCUUUAAAAAAACUAAAUAGUUCAAAGUAGAAUUUUCCAUCCCCCCCACUUUCUGCUAUAAUAAAAAGUAGUGCUGGGAUCUGACACCCAGAUUUGGUUUUUAUCUGGCCCAUUUACAAAAUGUUUACCCAUAUGACUUGCAUCAUUAGGGUUAUGGGUAAUAGUCCAUUCACUGUGAAGAGGUGUAUCUAUUCCUUCCUCCUCUUCUUGCCUUCAUGCUCAUGUUCCUUGGGGCGGCUGCUAUCUGAGGGUCUUUUAGAGCCACCGUGCUGUUUGGCUUCUUCCAAAAACU